GUUGCCCUAGGGACCUUCUGACAGCUCCUGGGGGUGGGGGAGGAGUGCACCUGCGACACAAGACAGUGGCCGGGAGACUUACACCCAGACCUGCGUACUUUGCUCUGGGGGAAGAACCGAGCACCUGCUGAAAGCGGGGAGGUGGGGCGCACUGGGGACCUGCAGGUUGCGCUAGCGGGGCGCACUUGGGCUCUGCAAACUGCGCCCGAGGGACAGGGUGUGUGUGGGGAGGUGCGCUCCUUUGGGCUUUACAGAAUGUGUGCGCGAGGGGGAGGGUGCAGCGUGGCGGGAGGGCGAGGCAAGGGAGGGCGUGAGAAAGGAGGCGGUGGCGCGGAGGAGGGUUAUCUAUACAUUUAAAACUGAGUCGCUUGCCCUGCGCCUGAAGAGACCUGAGGAGCGUCCGGCCGCACGCGCGGGACACGAGCGUUCCACGCUUCCCGGCGCACAAGGCCCGCCACCUCCCGGCCUCUGGCGCCUCUUGGUCCCAGGCUCCCGAAGACCUUGGACACUUGGCCGGGCAGUGCCAGAGGCCCCUCUGGGGCGCCACGGCUCCUCACACCGCCCCGGUUCCUCUGCCUGCACCUCCCUGCGGCGCUCUGGGACUCGGAUGCGCGAGCGAUGGAAGGCUGCGCGCUGCUCAGGCCCGCGCCCCCGGCGCACGGCGUCCCUGGCGGCUGCCCUGCCCGGCGAAGACCCCUGUCCCCGGAACUGUUGCGCUGCAGCCGGCGGCGGCGACCAGGCGCGGCAGAAGCCGGGGACGGUGCGGCGGCCGUGGCUAGGCGCAACGAGCGCGAGCGCAACCGCGUGAAACUGGUGAACUUGGGUUUCCAAGCGCUGCGGCAGCACGUGCCGCACGGCGGCGCCAGCAAGAAGCUGAGCAAAGUGGAGACGCUGCGCUCAGCCGUGGAGUACAUACGCGCGCUGCAGCGCCUGCUGGCGGAGCACGACGCCGUGCGCACUGCGCUGGCUGGGGGGCUGUUGGAGCCGGCCAGGCAGCCCUCUGCGUCCCGCAAGCCAUCCGGGACCACAGUUGCCGCUGCCUCACCCUCCUGCGCCUCUUCGUCCCCAGGUCACGGGCGCAGCUCGGAGCCUGGCUCCCCGCGCUCCGCCUACUCUUCAGAAGACAGCGGCUGCGAGGGCGAGCUGAGCCCCGCGGAGCGCGAGCUGCUCGAGUUCUCCAGCUGGUUAGGGGGCUGCUGAGCAGUCGCAGCCCUGGACGCCGAGCGCCUCGACUGGGAGCCCGCAAGGUGGACCGGCCACGCUGCGUCCCCACUGUCGCGCUGACUCUGCCUCACCGCGACUAGCAUGACCAGAUGCGGGUGUGGAAACCGGUCGGUCUCGGGCUGACAGCUUCUCCCACGCCGCCCCUCCUCAGGUGUUCUGCGAUGGCGCUGGGGCGCCUGGAUUUACACAUUCUUCUGGAGGGGAGAGAAUUUUAUAACGACUCAGAGAAUCUGUUUUCUGCACAUUAAGUUGAACUGUCAAGGGACAGUCCUGGCAAUACUGGACUUAUACUGGACAAUUUGUCCAAUACUGGACAAAUAAGGAAGACUUAUUUUUGUACAAAGACUCCUGAGACUUGGAGUACA